AUGAACAAACGAUUUCCGGACAGAACAACAGCGGGACCCUCAUUAUGGCGCGACAUUUCCACGGAUUUUCGACGUAGCACCCUCGAGGUGGACGUGCGUCGAGCGCGUGCCGCAAACACGCCCGCGUGCGGACGCAACCCGGGCAGAUAUUACGCACGCUACAACACUGGCGCGUGGCGACGCCUGUGGCGACUCACAGACCGUGUUAGAUUGACGCACUCGAUGUCAUCGCAUACGGCUCGGAUA